AUGUGGAUGCUGAUUGCUAUGACAGCUAUACAAGGAAUUGUGAGUUCAGAAGAGUUGAACAGCAAAACAUUUAUGAAUCCUAAAUCACUGAUGAAUAUAAGUGAGAGAAUCAGAUAUUGGGGAUAUUGUUGUGAAGAAUACGAGGUCCUUACAGAAGAUGGCUAUUACCUAAGUGUGAACAGAAUUCCAGGAGCUAUUCCUUUUUCAGGUAAUAAGUCUGCUAUACUAUUAAUGCAUGCACUAACUAUGGAAGGUAGUGUCUGGGUGGCAAAUUUACCCCACCAGAGCCUGGGGUUCAUACUAGCAGAUGCUGGACAUGACGUGUGGAUUGGAAAUAGCCGAGGAAACUUCUGGUCUAGAAGACACCAGCACCUUACAGUUAACGAAACAGAAUUUUGGAAUUUCAGCUUCCAUGAAAUGGGCAUCUAUGAUCUUACUGCCGUGACAGAGUUUAUUCUGCAAAAAACUGGACAGCAGAAAAUUUAUUAUGCUGGCCAUGUUCUGGGAUCUACAAUAGGUUCUGUUGCGUUUUCUAUCCUCCCACACCUGGCUGAGAAAAUCAAGAUGUUCUUUUCCUUGGGUCCUGGAUACACAUUACAUGAAUGCAUAAGUCCCAUUUUACAAUUUGUACGUUUGCCAGAAGCAUUAAUCAAGGUCAUAUUUGGGAACAAGGAAUUUUGUCUGCUGAGUCCAGGUCUGAGAGCAUUUUUGGCCCAAAAGUGUAGCUGCCAACCGGUUGAUGAACUCUGCAAGCAAGCUCUUUCUCUAAUUAGUGGAUUUAAUCUGAAAAAUUUAAACAAGAGCCGAUCUGAUGUGUAUGUCUCCCAUUUCCCAGAUUAUACCUCUGUAAAACAUAUAAUCCACUGGAGCCAGUCAAUGAAAACUGGGCUUUUCAGAUAUUUUGACUAUGGCUCGAAGAACAUAGAUAUAUAUAACCAG